AUGUCUACCGCUAUGCAGGAAAGUAAACAAACCUCGGAGGCAAAUAUCAUCACGGGGAGACGCCAAGGAGGCACCGGAGGCAAACCCUUCGAUGACUUUGAGUUCAGUAGAUUGCACAUUACAAGCAUCCACGUACAGUGGGAUAGGCGCAUCAACGCUAUCCAGGUGACUUACGAAGGCGGGGACACUGCCAAGCUACACGGAGAGAAAGCAGGCCAGUCGGACACAUUCAAUCUCGAGCCUGGGGAGAAGAUAGUCAGGAUCGAAGGCUUUGCAGAUGAUUUCAUCAAUCAGCUUCAAUUUACUACUGAUGCAGGCAGGUGGCUAUCUUUUGAUUGUGUAUGA